AUGGACUUCGACAUGCUGAAUUCCCACCCGGAGGCGCAGCUGGAGCUGAUGAACGCAAUGCUCCAGCUGGAGCAGCUCACCGCGUUCCCUCUCCCCGACCACGGCGGCGCCAUGAUGAUGGUGCCUUCGACUCCCCCGUCGCCGGGCAUGCAGCAAGCAGCUACUCACCACCAUUUCUCUUCGGUGCCUCAUCACAUGUCGUCUGCGGGUGCCAACGGCCGUGGCGGCGUCUACAACGACCACCAGUACUCCCAGGUCGUCACAGCUGCGUCGUCGUUCAGCGGCAGCGCCCGGUCGUCGGAGUACGUGACGACGCAUGCGCAGGACCACCAUGCCGGCGGUGGGGGCAACGGCAACUGCAACAGCGGGGAGAGCGGCAGCACCGCCACCGCCGUCGGGUCGUCGGCGAUGCGGGAGAUGAUCUUCCGCGUGGCGGCGCUGCAGCCCGUGAACAUCGACCCGGAGAUGGUUCGCCCCCCGAAGCGGCGCAACGUGCGCAUCUCCACCGACCCGCAGAGCGUGGCGGCGCGGAUGCGGCGGGAGCGCAUCAGCGAGCGCAUCCGCAUCCUGCAGCGGCUCGUCCCGGGCGGCACCAAGAUGGACACCGCGUCCAUGCUGGACGAGGCCAUCCACUACGUCAAGUUCCUCAAGACGCAGGUGCAGUCCCUCGAGCGCGCCGCCGUGGCCAACGGUGGCGGCGGUGCUGCGCCCUACUCCGGCCGCAUGAACGGAGGCCAGUGGUAG